AGACGCGGUAGGGGCGUAACGAUCGUGCCAUUAAUUGUUAUAAGCGACAAGACUAUGUUAACCCUACAGUUAGGCGACCUAGUAGCCUACGUAGUCUACCUUAGCAUUAGAAAUCUUCGUGCCUCUGCUCGACAUUUAAACGAGCGUCCCGGGUUAAUACUGCUUAGUCUAAUUCCUAUCGUUAAGGAGGGAGAUGCAAUAAUAAGAGGUCGGAUAUUUCACUACUAUCUAGCAACUAUAUUUGAACCGGUAAAGCAGAUGUGUCUUUAG